AUGUUUGACCGGUACCGAGAGUACCUGGAAAAGGCACUGGCAGCAGCAGUACCGCCACUGGAAGAUCACGCGGUCAACACGUUGCUGCGGUACCAUUUGGGUUGGUCGGACGAGACCGGCGCUGCGUCGGCCACGCCCGCCUCGCAAGGCAAAGCGCUGCGGCCCACGCUGUGCAUGUUCGCGUGCGACGCCCUUCAGGGUGACCCUCGUCAUGCCGCUCCGGCAGCGGCAGCGUUGGAGCUGAUCCACAACUUUUCGCUGGUCCACGACGACAUCCAGGAUCAGGGGCUGGAACGCAGGCACCAACCCACGGUGUGGGCGGUGUGGGGCACGGAGCGGGCGCUGGUGGCGGGAGACGCAAUGCAAUCCCUGGGCGACCUGAGCACCCUCAGCGUGGGGAGUGGUGUGCCGCCCGACACCGUCAUUCGCGUUUCGCAAUUGCUCACUCAAAGCUAUCUCGAAAUGAUCGAAGGCCAGUGUCGCGACCUGGAGUUCGAGCGGCGCGAAACUAUCGAAUCGGGCGAGUAUCUGGCCAUGAUCGCGCUGAAAACGGGAGCGUUGAUCCGCAGCAGCAUGGCGAUUGGCGCGGCUAUGGCGACGGACGAUCCUGAAACUAUGGAGAACGUGGCUCAGUUCGGCCGGGCCAUCGGGCGGUUAUUCCAGAUCAGGGACGAUUACCUCGGUAUCUGGGGCGACGAAGCAAUUACCGGAAAGUCCACCGACAGCGAUAUCGUCCAGCGCAAGAAGAGCUACCCCAUUGUUUACGCCUUCCAACACGCGGACGGCGCCAAUCGGGAGGAACUGCUGCGGUUGUACUCGCAAGAGGCCUUUGACGAACCCGACGUGAACCGCGUUUUGGACAUACUUGAUGAACUGGGGGCCGACCGGCAGACCGACGAACUCACCGAGGUGACCGCAGAGGAAGGGCGGGCGGCGUUGGCGAUGCUGGAGCUGCCACCCUGGGCCACAGAGGACGCAAAAAAUCUGAUUGACUUCAUGGCGUACCGUCUAUUCUGA